AUGAGGGAAAUUGGUAUGGAGGUGGAUGGCGUGGAUGAUGUGGAUGUUACGCAGACAAUAGCACCGACGACACCGACGACACCGACUAUACCCACUCAAUUACCCGGUUCAAUCGAUAUAAAUCCAGCUAAUCUCCAGUUUUCCUUCAUCAGCUCUUAUCUCCUCGGUACACACCCUAUAAACACAGCCGGAGUGAGCUAUAUCAAUGGCCUUGAUAAUCUCAAUGAUUUGGAUGAUAUGAACAAUUUUCACUCUUUUCUCAAUAUACAGUUGUUUGGCGGGGUAGUAUGGUUGCUAUUCCACCCGCUAAACACCCUUAUUAUCCUGAUUACUCUCUCUUCAAUAGCCUUCCUACACACUCCCACAUCCAGAACACAGGUUAUGGCUUAUUUGCAGGCCAUUCUGCGCGAGUGUGAGAUUUCUGACGUUACUACAUUCAACAUCCUUACUCAACCCUCUUUAAACACACAUAAGAAGACAGUUGUGUAUGACACGCUGAGUAGAAUCCAGGACACUUUCAGCGAACACACCCAAUCACUCAAACACCUCGUUGACAAUGAUAAGCGGGUGGCUCUGGAGGCUAUGUAUACGCGUAACUCUACGCAUUCAGCUCAAUCGAGUCACUCGAGUCAGUUAGGUCAGGUGAAUCACACUAACCACCCUAAUAAUUCCCCUAGAAACAACCACAUACCCCACCACAGCACUUAUAUCACCCCACGCACCUCCCCCACCAUCACCUACGUUCAUUCACCUGUCAACAGGGCUUUUGAGGGAGGCAAGGGAGGUAAAAGGGCGAGUCGGGACAGUCGAGGCAUUGAGACAGAGCAAGGAGAAAAAGAGCACGAGGUAAAAGACGCCCACACCGACUACAACCCUGAACGGUCCUUAUUAGAGAUGCACACAGGAGUAGUGACGCAGAUGGGCACACAAGGGCGCCACAGACCGCGAGCACGGGCGCACUCGGCAGUGCACAACACAUACGAUGCACACAGCACAACGAGCGCAACACAUUCACACCCACAUCCAGUCAAACCACCUCCACAUACUGUUAGACAGAGAGCUGUCUCGCAGCAGCACCUCCAACUUGCUUCCACCUCCAAUCUCACUCCAGCAGCCGCAGCAGCCACGGCAUCUAUACCUGCCCCUCCUCUCACUCGCAACAGCUUCGGCACUCCCAUCACUCAUAUCUCCCCCUCCCCUUCCCCUGCCGCGUCGCGUAAGAGCAGCUUGGUGGUAUGUGAGGGGGGUGAGGAGGGUCAGGUGCAACAACCUCAGCAGUCGCAGCAACUUGCCACUCAAGAGUCUGAAAAAUCACAGCAGCCACAACAAGCACAAGAGUCUCAAGUAUCUCAAGAGUCUCAAGUAUCUCAAGAAUCUCAACCAACCACACCUCCCCACCUCAUCAAACCAUCGAGCAUCGCACAACGCAGACCCAAAGCAGUACUUUCAAAGACACGUCUUUGGGAGCUUCGCCAACACGUUCACGACUCACGCAAAGUGGCCGUGGUGACGCUCGUAGCGCUCCGUUACACGUGCAAAGCAGAGGUGUAUUGGCGGGGUGUGAGGGGGGUAGUCCGCGAUCUCGCUAGGUCGCUCGGACGGUUAAACGGGGUAUUGCUGGGUGGCGGGGGAGGUAGGGGUGAUGAAAGUGGUGGAAAUGGUGGAAGUAGUUGGAGCAAUACGAGUGGUGGCAAUCACGCACACACUCACACUCACACUCACUCUCUCACAUUGGCCUCCCUCCGUCAUCUGGAAGAGGCCUACGAUACCCUCUUUGCUUGCUACGCUACUGGGGAUUACUCUCUCUACCGCACCGCUCAUCGUCCUCUCAGCCAUGCACUGCGGUCGUAUGCAUGUGGGUUGGAUGAGGUGGGUGGAGAUGGAGAUUUGAGAGGAGGGAAAGAAAGGAAAGGAGGGAGAGAUGGUGAUGUGACAGGGAAAGACAGAUACGACCACGCUAGCGGACUCGGUAUCGAAUUUAACACCUCAAACAACUCUACAAUCGAAAAAACACACUAUAGCGACGCCCCAUCGAAGGAUGUCGAUGGAAUGUCAAGUGAGAAGGACGACGCUACUGAUUAUCUUCUAGAUCAGACUAGCCCGGAUUCACUGCCUAGACGUGGCGGUGAUGAAGUUGUGUUUGAUGGAGAGAAUGUGGAUGUGGAUGUGGACGUGGGUCAGAAACUCAAAAGCGCAUUCAGCCCACCGGACUUUCUCGAUAGGUCGUCGCGGAUGGCAGGCAGGGAGGUUUUGGAUGAGUUGAUGGGGAUUCUGGGGGGCGUGGGUGGUGUAGGUGGUGCAAGUAGUACAACGAAAUUACCCGUAGCAGAAGGGACACCUGCUGCAACUGCACCCGCAAAUCCAUACACACCCACACCUCAGGAUCAAGACAUUGAACACAUACCUUCAGACCCCCACGCAGCCAAGAAAGCGGCACAAAAAGCACUCACUAGUAUUGUAUUCUAG